CAUGAGCGGUCUCAUUCCGAUGGAGGAGCCUAACCAAGGCGAUCAGGAGUCGAUGGGCGAGAUCGAAGAAGAGGAGCUCGAAAUCGACGAGGAACAGACAGGUGUGGCAAGCGGGAAGCGAAUCUGCGUGUGUAUGACGUGUGUUGCGUGUUGUCGUCGUCAGAGCAACCCACUCCCCUGUCCGUGGCUCCCGAAAAGAUCAUCCAUGCGCCGCCGAAGUCUGUGUUCUUCCGUCUGGCCCUUGCAUGCUUGACGAGGCCCAUCAGGGAGGUCAUCGCACUCCUCGAGUGAGCUACCGACACAAACCCACGCAGACGAGCCACACGUGCACGCUGAUCGAUGUGCGUGUGUCAUAUCGUUCACACACACAGGGAGCAGCGAUCGCACAUCAGCGAGGAGGACAGCUACGGGUGCAACCUGCUGACGUAUGCGGCGCAGAGGCACCCCUACACGGACGCGCACCACCUGUGUAGUGCUUUGAUGAAGAUGGGCGGCCUCAGCCCGACAGCUCUGGACCAGAACAAGCAGACGCCGGUGUUCUACGCCGCCAGAGAGGGAAACAUCCCAUGUGCUGAGCUCUUCAUCGCAGCUGGUACGCGCGAACACACACAGGGAGUUCCCUGCUGCGAGUGCAUGCAUGUGUCCAUUGUGUGGCGGUUGGUGUGUUUGAUGGUCGUUCAGGGUGUGACGUGAGCCAGAGGGACUUCAACCAGCAGACGCCGAUGUAUUAUGCUGCCCGGAAGGGUCAGGACGACAUAAUCCGUUUCCUGCUGCGGAGGGGUGCCCACAUCGACCACCGGGACCACCACAGAGAGCCCGCGUUGUUCUACGCCGCCCGCAACGGACACCGCUCGUCCAUCGAACUCAUGAUAGAAAUGGUGGGUGGAUGAGGCGACAACCACAUCAGCCGCGCCAUCCACGUGUUUACUCCCUCUGUUUGCUGACCAAUCAGGGUGCGGAUCCGUCGUUGAAGGUGCAGAACAAGAGCGCGGCGUCGUAUGCGCGCGCAGGCGGUCAUGAGACGCUGGCCGACUGGCUGGAGUCGUACCUGCCCGACCCGGCGGGCGACGCCGGCAGACGCAAGAGGAACCUCAAACUCUGGUGGCAGACCAAGGUGGGUGGGUGAGACAGCGGGCAGACACUUGUCUGUGUGGCUGAGGGUGCAUCUGUGCAUUGUCUGUCUGUGGUGUGGUGUGGUGUGGUGUGUGCAGGGGCACAAGCACCUGAAGGCAUAUCCGUGGCUCAAGAGUGCCACCAAGUGAGCGAGCCAGCCGCCUGGGGCCGACACGAACGGACUGAUAUGUGUCUGGGUUACUUUUGUGUCUGGCAGGGUGCUGUACAAUGUGUGUCAGUUCAAGUGGAGUGCGCUGUUUCAGAAGCCCGUUGACGUGCUGCGGUUCGGCUGCCCCGACUAUGCCGUCAAGAUCAAGGAGCCAAUGGACCUCGGUACCAUCCGCAAGAAGCUCCAGGGAUGGAGAUAUAAAACAGCCACGGUACUCGGAUGGCCGACACACACUCAUCCAUUCGCUGUGCAUGCGCAGCGCCCAUAUGGUCUGUGUGAUGGUGUCAUGUGUCCUGCAUGUGUCAGGAUUUUGAGAGCGACUUUUAUCUGAUGUUGUCCAACUGCUUCGAGUACAACGCGCCCGACACGCUGCCGUACGGCCACGCGCUCAUCCUGCGCACCUACUUCGAGCAGGAGGUCAUCGUCCGCGGCCUCUACUGGUUCCUCAAGCAAGAGCAAUACAACGAGAUGGACCCAAAGCCAACAGUGCCGCAGCACCAGGACCAGCAGGACCACCACCAGCCGCAGCAGCAGCAGGAGAGCACCAUGGAGUCGCAGCCACCACCCCAGCAGCAGCAGGACCAGCAGCAGCAGCAGCAGCAGCCGGACUACAGCCCCGCCCCCUCCCCCUCUCCGCCGAGCGUCGUCUCGCCGCCAGACGAGUCAUCAGAGCAGCAGUACGCGGCCCCUGAGCUGUUAGUGACGCUGUCCGAGCCCUUCCGCCCCUUUCCCCUCCCCCCCCGCACAGUCGACUGGACCAAGCAGGCCGCCUACUGGUUCCCCCCAAAGUGGCCACCCGUCGGCCGACCGGAGGAAGCGCGCAUCACCAAGAAGCGAUCGAGAAGGGGCAGCGGGCUGUCCGUUUCUUUCCUCCCGGACCAGCAGCAGCAGCACCACCACCACGUGCAUCACCACCACCACUCGCACUGGCACGAGGACCGCAUGCUUUUCGAUUCCCACGACACGGACAUGCGCAAGGCGGCGGCGAUGGACGACGACGCGGGCGAUGUGGCCAAGAGUGGGGGGCUGAUGAUGACCGAUCUGGGGCGGCUGGACAGCGCCAUGUCGCUGGGCACGCGGAUGGCCAUCGCCAAGAUCAAAGACGAGUUCGAGGAUUUGGAUCAGCACGACGGUGGUGAAGAGGGCGAGGUUGAUGGGUCGCCUGGCAAGAAGCGGAGAGUGACCAUUGCUGAGCCGCCGGAGACCGAGAUGGAUCAGAGAGAGGGGGGGCCGACUCAGAUGGAUGCAGGCGGCGGCCUGGCUAACGAAUGAUUUGGCGGGUCACUCACUGGGUGGGUGGGUUGUUGGGCGGCUUCUUUGCCAUUUCUUUGCAUGAAUGACG